CAAUAAUUUCCUCAUGCAAGCAAAUAGAGAAGAAAGCUAAUAUAUGAAGCAAUAGGCUUUGGCCUUAUAUUAUCAUAAUGUUCUGUGUAUGUCUGGAAACUUGAUAGAUGGGAAAAAGACAUGGAAGGGUCACUGCCAUAUUCAUGUGCAAAGGAUUGAAGCAUGACAAAUUUUACUGUGUGAUUGGCAGAAGAAGUUGCUCAAAUGGUGUGGUGUUGCAGAGACAUGAUGGGGGGAUUCAAUCACUAUGUUGUUGUGAAGUUCAAGGAUGGUGUAGCAGUUGAAGAACUCACUGAAGGGUUGGUGAAAAUGGUCUCAGGGAUUGAGCAUGUUAAGUCCUUCCAAUGGGGAAAAGAUAUCGGAGGACCUGAUUUUCUGAGACAAGGCUUCACUCAUGCUUUCUUGAUGACUUUCAAUGGGAAAGAGGAGUUUGAUGCAUUUCAGAGUCACCCAAAUCAUGUUGAGUUUUCCAAAUUAUUCUCACCUGCUGUUGAGAAUAUUUUAGUGCUGGAUUUCCCACCUACCAUUGUCAAAGCAUAAGCAUAUGAUAUGAUCCUCAAGAAUGAAGGUUUUUCAAGCAGUUUUUAGAGUCUCAGCCUUGGAAGUGUAUGCUUAAUGAUAAGCUCUUUUUUCAUUUCCCUUCUGUUUUAACUUGAUGGUAAAUUUGAAGGAGUUAGUACUUGAUAAUAACAAUGAUUCUCUUCCAAUUUCCACUACCUUCUGAUGUUGUUCCGGCA